AGAAGAAGAAGCAGAAGAAGGCGAAGAAGAACGCUACUCAGCCAGCUCAACUGCCUUCUCGAUGAAAUAAAAAUGACGAUGUUGACAACUACGAUGUUCUCAGUGCAGCUGCACUAAAAGUACAGCACUGGCUUCGACGAGGGGCGCUGGAUAUUGUGUAAAUCUACAUUUGUGACAAACUGUCGUUUUAGUGGAUCGGGAUAAACACUAUUUUCACAAGUUGAGAAGUGGACCGUAAUCCCUGCAAUGCCUCUGCUUUUUUUGGAGAGGUUUCCUUGGCCUAGCCUGCAGACCUACACCGCACUUAGUGUGGCUUUGCUUGCUGGCAGCCUCUUUAGUGCCUACAACACUGUGACUGAUCCCGGGUAUGGGGUCUUGGAAACUGAUGAAACACCAGUUCCAACUGAAGGGGAUCUGGAACAUCUAAACAAUGAUAUUAUUAACACAGAAUUGACAACCACUAUCCUGUGGUCUAUUGCCACUGACAGUCUCUUUGUAUGGGUAUUGGUCAACACAUUCUGCUGCUUGUUGAUGUUAAUUGCUAAAAUGAUUCAGUAUGUAGUGUUUGGCCCGCUCAGAGUUAGUGAGAAGCAGCACCUGAAAGAUAAAUUCUGGAACUUCAUCUUCUACAAGUUCAUUUUCAUCUUUGGGGUAUUGAACGUGCAGACGGUGGAGGAGGUGGUCAUGUGGUGUCUGUGGUUCUCUGCCUUGGUGUUCCUCCACCUCAUGGUGCAGCUGUGCAAAGACCGAUUUGAAUAUCUGUCCUUCUCACCCUCCACUCCCAUGAACAGCCAUGUACGAGUGCUUUGUCUGCUGGUCUCCUUGCUGUUGGAUUGCUGUGGGCUGGCUGUGGGCUGUGGUGGUCUGCUGGGAGCUUCCCAUGGCAUGCACACCUUCUCCUUUAUGGCAGCAGAGUGUCUGCUGGUGACUGUGCGCACUGGCCAUGUCAUCAUGCGAUAUGCCAUUCAUCUUUGGGAUCUGAACCACCCAGGGACCUGGGAGAGUAAGGGAACGUAUGUCUACUACACAGACUUCGUCAUGGAGCUGACCAUGCUCUUCCUGGACCUCAUGCACCAUAUCCAUAUGCUGCUUUUUGGAAAUAUCUGGCUGUCCAUGGCGAGCUUGGUUAUCUUCAUGCAGCUGCGGUAUCUCUUCCAUGAGGUUCAGCGCCGUGUCCGCCGACACAAGAACUACCUUCGUGUCAUCAACAACAUGGAGGCCAGGUUUGCAGUUGCUACUGCAGAGGAGCUGACAGCUAAUGAUGAUGACUGUGCCAUCUGCUGGGACACCAUGUUGACAGCACGCAAACUGCCCUGUGGCCAUCUCUUCCACAACUCAUGUUUGCGCUCAUGGCUUGAGCAGGACACCUCGUGUCCAACAUGUCGGACAUCCCUGAACAUUAAUGGGGACGGGGGCCAGGCGAGAGGCCAGCAGCAGGGCGGGGGCAUGGAAGACAACACUGGCCCGGUGGGAGCUGCUCCAGAUGCUUUACCACACAUCAACCAACACAAUCACUUCUUCCACUUUGAUGGAUCUCGCAUUGCCAGCUGGCUGCCCAGUUUCUCAGUGGAAGUCAUGCACACCACCAAUAUCUUGGGCAUUACUCAGGCCAACAACUCCCAGCUCAUGGCCAUGGCCCAUCAGAUCCAGGAGAUGUUCCCUCAGGUGCCCUCAUACCUGGUGAUGCAGGAUCUGCAGUUGACCCGCUCUGUAGAGGUCACCACCGACAACAUCCUGGAGGGACGCAUCCAGGUGCCUUUCCCGACACAGGCCAUAGAGCGCGCCCCCACACAGGCGAGCUCUUCGCCAGAUGAGCAGGACGGGUCCAGUGGAGCACCUGAGCAGGGCCUCAGCGAGGCGGACAACAUGGAGGUCCGAGGAAGUCGCUUCUCUAAGUCGGCCGAGGAGAGGCAGAAGAUGUUAAAGCAGAGGAAAGAAGAGAUGCUGCAGGAGGCACGCAGGAGAUAUGUGAACACUAGUCCAGAGGACCCGGAUGAGGAUCUGCCUGGACUGGAGGAGGACAUUGUUCCAGAAUUGAACUUGACUGUGCUGAGGCGUAGAACCAUGGCGGCAGCCGCAGAGAGACGCAUGCUAACUCAACAAGACCCCGCACCUUGAAACACGGAUUGGCUUCAGCAGAAGAGUACCGCAUCAUCACCCGCAAGAGGCACAGACAAAGCUAUUUCUACCCUCCCCCAUUGGUUCACAGUCAGUGGUUCAUCACCUCUUCAAAACAAGAAUUAAAAAGCAUUGCAAACAUAGCCUUUGGACUGGUUUGGCCUGCCUAAAUACGGCGGGACUGUUGUGAACGGCGUCUGCAUCACUGAUUCCAGAGUAUUUGGAAUAUCGUAUAAAUUGAUAGGGUGCAAGUCAAGAAAUGCAAGGUUGCAUUGCCCUUUAUUCAUGUGCCACACAUUGCAACCACCAGCUUCAGUCGGCAGUCGGUUUCUACCGUGAUUGGGACUGGCUGUCAGAAAUGAGCAUGCUUUGCAUUCAGAAGAGUCUUUUAUGAGUGGGGUGAGAAGGUGUCUUUACUAGAUAAAAGCUGUUUGGGUCUUUUAGUUUUGUUUUUCUUUUAUUAGACUUUAUUUUCACUUGUUUAGCAAAUAGUCUUCUGAAACCGCAGAAACUCAUCUGAUGUAAUUGUGUGUUCUUAAUUCAUGAGUUUCAACUGUGAAUUACGUGUAGGCAAAAAUAACAUGCUUUUAUUUCUUACCUUGGAGUAAGAGACUGUCACUGUCACUGUUCAGCCUUUCUGUCAAAUACGAAUGUUCCUAUCAACAUAAUGCUGCAAACAAAGUGUUUUUGACCCACGUGGGUUGUUCUGUAUGUAGUGUGUAAUAUACCACCCAUUGGUUUUGUUAUUAAACAUGGAGUGGGCGUGUGAAGCUUAGUUUUUCUAAUAAUAUCCCCUUGAGAUGCAUAGGCGACAAAGGGGAUGUAUUACAUUUUGUACAAGUACAAUGGCUGUCGUCCUCUCAGUCUUUCUGAAAUUGCCCUCUGAUAAUACGCAGUUCUCUCCGAGUCAGAAAAUGUUAUUUUCUACUAAAUACAUGUCGAUGGGGUCCGUGGUCAUCUGCGUCCAUCAUUUAGACUUGUUAUGCUCUGUGCAUUGUUAAGUCUGUGACAGCUAGACUCAAGAGGCUCUGUCCGUAGAAAAACAUUCUCAAGACUUGACAACAAAUCCAGUUGCCAUUUAACUCAAUAUUUCUGGAUAUUCAAUGACCUGAAUGAAAAUAGUUCUGAAUAAAUGUUCAGGGUGUUUUAUUAGUGCAGACUUUGUCUACUCACAUUGAGGAGUGCUUAUUCAAAAUUCUUAGUAGCAAGGAACAUAAUCAUCUGCUGCUCGAAGAUGUUAAUGCAGUAAUGUGCAGGAUUGUACCACAUGGACUGGGCCCUUGAAACACUUCUGGUAUUUUCAAAUUUCACCAAGUCUGUAGCUGGUUGAGGCAUAUCAAUGGACACAAAGAUGGAGACUGUAUUAUAUGCGUUUUGAUUUCUUGUUUGAGGUGAGAUAUGCAUGAAUCUAGAUGCUUAUGUUUCCUUCCACUUUAUCCCAAAGAGCGGCCCACGAACUUCCACUAAAGGCUGAAGUAUUGUGAUCUUUAUUUAGUGUUCAUUUUAUUGCUCAAACUCUGUUUUGGUGUUGUAAGAAGAUGCAAUAUAGGAUUUUAAUUUCAGAUUUUAACGUUUGUCAAAAUGUAAAAAGAAUUGGACAGUUUUUAUUUUCACAUCAUUUCAUUCAGUUAUUUAACAGCUUUUGAUAUCUAUUGUAUAUUUUCCUCUUCAUGGGGUUCCUUCAUAACCAUUACUUUAUUUAAUCAAAGCUGAAAUAAUUUUUUUGGACUGAGCUUUCCUGUAUUUUUGUGCCUAAAUCAAGAAUGGUUCAGUUAUGGAUAAUUUCUGUAAAUCUAGUUUUUGUAAAUUAUGUUUAUACAAGACUCAAUAAACGGAGCUUCUACAGCUUUUUGACAAGA